AUGGAUGCAACCUGCUGAGGACAGAAAGGGUUAACAGACAGAGGGCGCUGUGUGUCCUCUCGGUCUCUGACGUCCCCCGUUAUUUCUGUCCAACUUUACACAUCAGGGACACUCUGCUCCCCUCAGCUUUGUCUCGCAGGGUCAGCGUCGACCUUUGACCUGUGCAGUUGGCCGAUGUGUCCUCGGUGUCUGUGUCAAUAUUUGAGCUGCGGUCAACGGUCUGUCCACCAGCUGCUGUCCUCCAUUUCAUCUCAGGGACACCAGCCGUGUGUCCCCACGAAGACACCAGAAGACGGAGACAGACAGACAGACAGAGGGACAGACAUGCUGCCGUCCACAGCGCUGAGCGGGACUGUCCUGGCUAUUCUGGGCUGCUGCACUCUGAUCCAGAGUUCAGUGUUCCUGGACAGGCCGGCGGCGGGGCAGCUCCUCGGCUCGCCCUCCAGGAGGCGACGGGCCAACUCCUUCCUCCUGGAGGAGGUGCUGCCUGGAGACCUGGAGAGGGAGUGUCAGGAGGAGGUGUGCUCGCAGGAGGAGGCCGCCGAGAUCUUCCAGACCCGAGAGAAGACGCUGGAGUUCUGGUUCAGAUACACCAAUCUGAACCCCUGUCGGACCAAUCCCUGUCUGAAUGGAGGGAUCUGCACUCUGGACCGAGAGGACUUCCUGUGUCUCUGUUCUCCCCAGUACCAAGGCAAGACCUGCGAGUCAGUGGUGUUGGAGUGUCGCUAUAGAAACGGUGGCUGCAUGCAGUACUGCAGAAACCUGCCAGGGGGCGUUCAGUGUGGCUGCGCAGACGGAUUCAGACUGGAAGCAGACGGACGCAGCUGCUCCCCGACUGUGGUGCUCCCGUGUGGUCGUCAGCACAAAGAGGUGUCGCUGUACGGCGGUCGCUUUGUGAUAACUCGCUCUGAGCAGCUCAAUGACACCGUGGAGACGGACGACAUGUCUGAGGACAACAGCACCGAUGGCUGGUUGAUGAACCUGAACGUCACGGAGAUGGAGGAGGAGCUGCUGACAGUGAACACGACAUUUGGACCAGGCGGGAUCAAUGAGACGCAGCUGCUCGGCGAGGAGGGCGGGACUACUCGUAUUGUGGGCGGAGUCCUGGACAAACCAGGAGGGAGUCCCUGGCAGGUUCUGCUCCACAGGUCUGAUGGUUAUGGUUUCUGUGGAGGAACUCUGGUCUCUGAUCGAUGGGUGAUCUCUGCCGCUCACUGCCUUGAGGAGACUGCCGAUCACGUUACCAUAGGUGACUUUGAUAAACGGCGUCCUGAUCCAGGUGAGCAGCUGAUUAAGGUCCAGAAGGUCUUCGUCCAUCCUCACUUCCACUCAUUCACCUUCGACAGUGACAUUGCUCUGCUGUUCCUCACCCGGCCCGUUGUCAGGGGCCCCACUGCCAUCCCCGCCUGCCUCCCCGACCCCCACCUGUCCUCAUACCUGCUGAAGGAACAGAACCGUGGCGUGGUGACGGGCUGGGGACUCACUCGCUUCCUGGGCAGGUCAUCCCGCUUUCUCAGGAAGGUCACGCUGCCGGUGGUCAGCCACCGAGACUGCACAGCCUCCACCGAACAGGUGAUCACAGACAACAUGUUCUGUGCAGGGUACCUGGAUGUCAGCAUGGACGCCUGCAGCGGGGACAGCGGGGGACCAUUCAUGGUGAACUACAGAGGGACCUGGUUCCUGACCGGCGUGGUCAGCUGGGGGGAGAAGUGUGCCGCCAGGGGCAAGUACGGGGUCUACACACGCCUGGGGAACUUCCUGUCCUGGAUCAGAGACACCAUGGACAGACAGGACCUCAACGGGACUGAGAGCUGAGACACACAGACAGACAGAUGGACAGACAAGAAGACUGGACAUUCUAACUGUUAAACAGGAGACACAUUGAGCGGAGCUGGCUCACAGACAGACAUCAGUCUGAGACAGAAGACACUCAACCUGCUGCACCCAGGGGCAACUUUCACACACUGACGGGGGCCUCUUUCACACACUGACGGGGGCCUCUUUCACACACUGACGGGGGCCAGUCACAGCGGCCUCGUACAUGUGUCUACAACUUAAGGAUAUUUCCAGGACUUUCGGACAUUUCCAGGAUUUUAGGACAUUUACAGGAUUUUAAGACAUUUCCAGGACUUUAGGACAUUUCGAGAGUUUGAGAACAUUUCCAGGACUUAAGGACAUUUCCAGGGUUUGAGGAGGGGUCAGGUUUGGCUGCAGGUUGAGUAUCAGCGGCUGAAACUGAAUCAAUGGACGUUUAAAAAGACGUUUUGAUGUCAAACACAGAAACUGAGAAAAUGUGACGUUUUUCUGCAAAAUGUGUUUAUUUCAUUUCUUUGGGUAUAAUUGACAAGCAGGGAGGACAGAGGGGACGCUUGGUCAGAGAUACGUGUCAGACACGUGAGUUUGUUAAAGUUGAUCUUUUUAAGUAAAGUGACAUCUUCUGAUUUCCGCUGAGUCAGCACAAACCACGCCAACAGGAGUGUAGCAAAGCAUUCUGGGAUGAGAAAUGGAGUUCAUGUCUUUGGUGAAAAAGUCAUUAAAGUCUCACAAACAAAAACAA